GAGUCUAAAGCUGCGCAGGCGCGUGGAGCUCCGAGCCAUCAACUACCGGGCCAACAUGGAGAGAAAAGUUCUUGCACUCCAGGCAAGGAAGAAAAGGGGGAAGGCCAAGAAGGCAACCAAAAAGCCGUCUCAUCACCCGAGAGGAGCCCCACAGCAGCAGUUACCUGCAGAACCUCAGAAGCAGGAACCUGAUGAGGAGAUUCUGGGCUCUGAUGAUGAGGAGCAGGAAGACCCUAACGAUUACUGCAAAGGCGGUUACCACCAUGUAAAAAUAGGGGACCUGUAUAAUGGAAAGUAUCAUGUGAUUCGUAAGCUGGGCUGGGGCCAUUUCUCUACAGUAUGGCUUGCCUGGGACAUCCAAGGCAAGCGGUUUGUAGCUAUGAAAGUGGUAAAGAGUGCAGAACAUUACACAGAGACGGCCCUGGAUGAAAUAAAGCUGCUGAGAUCCGUUAGAAACACAGACCCAGAAGAUCCAAACAGGGAGAUGGUGGUUCAGAUGUUGGAUGACUUUAAGAUCUCAGGAGUCAAUGGAACUCAUGUGUGCAUGGUAUUUGAAGUACUAGGACAUCAUUUGCUAAAGUGGAUCAUCAAGUCCAACUAUCAAGGCUUACCCCUCCCUUGUGUUAAGAGCAUCAUUCGGCAGGUUUUGCAGGGCCUGGACUACUUGCACACAAAAUGUAAGAUUAUUCACACAGACAUAAAGCCAGAGAACAUACUGCUGAGUGUCGAUGAGUCAUAUAUAAGAAAACUGGCAGCUGAAGCAACUGAGUGGCAGAAAGCUGGAGCUCCUCCUCCGUCUGGGUCAGCAGUGAGUACUGCACCAGUACCUAAACAAGCACCCAAAAUGUCAAAAAACAAAAAGAAGAAGCUGAAGAAGAAGCAAAAGCGGCAAGCAGAGCUGCUAGAGAAAUGCAUUUUGGACCUGGAGGAGAUGGAAAAGGUGCCUGAGGGGGCAGAAGAAGAGGAAGAUGAUCCACAGUCUCCAAAAUCACCUAGAUGCCCGCCUUUAAGACGGGCGUCUAUCCAGGACAUCGGUGAAGAAGAAGUAAAUGACAAACCCAGAGAGCGGCUAACCUCGGGCGCCUCCGACGAGCUCAAUUGCAAUGGCCACCUGCCCAGCAGCCACACUCCUCCUGAGGAAGAAGUAGACGAAGAGGAAGGGCAAAUGCAACUGAAACAGGAGGACCAACACAAUGCUAAUGCGGGACCUUUAGAAUAUGGGCUUAAGAACCCCUACGAGUAUGAGUACUGUAAUGGGGCCUGCUCUCCUGAACCAAGUCAGGGAUGCCAUAGUAACGGAGACGUGAGAGAAGAGGAUGAGCAGGGAGCUCUGCAGGGACAGCCAGACCAAGCCAGUGAGAAUGCCAAGCCGACAGCAGGCAACCUUCUAGUCAAUCCCCUGGAACCACUGAAUUCAGACAAGAUCAAGGUCAAGAUUGCUGACUUGGGCAAUGCCUGCUGGGUGCACAAACACUUCACUGAGGACAUUCAGACACGGCAGUAUCGCUCUUUGGAGGUGCUGAUUGGCGCAGGUUACAGCACACCAGCAGAUGUAUGGAGCACAGCUUGUAUGGCAUUUGAACUGGCCACAGGGGAUUACUUGUUUGAGCCCCACUCUGGUGAAGAUUACUCUCGAGAUGAAGACCACAUUGCUUUGAUCAUUGAGCUGCUGGGGAUGGUCCCACGCAAACUCAUAAUGGCCGGGAAAUACUCCAAGGACUUUUUCACCAAGAAAGGUGACCUAAAGCACAUUACCAAGCUGAAGCCAUGGGGUCUGCUGGAGGUGCUGCUGGAUAAAUACGAGUGGCCACAAGAGGACGCCGAUACCUUUGCAGACUUUCUGGUCCCCAUGUUGGAACUGAUCCCAGAGAAACGAGCCACAGCUGCCGAAUGCCUGCGCCACCCCUGGCUCGCCCUCUAGUGGUUUGAUCAGACCACUACAGCUCAUUUUUCUCCACGUUCACUCGCAGAAAGACUGCGUCACAUUUCCAGUUUGAGUGCUCACCUAAAUACUACUUGUACUUACUUGUUGUGUGCGGUUUCUUGUGUGUCUCCCUUUCCCUGGUUUUCAUCCUGAGACUUUUUUUCCCUGAAGCGGGGUUCUUCCUCACAUUUGACUAUUCACCUUGAUUUGCACAGCACAGUUUUAGGGAACAUCUUUUGUAGUAUUUCAGCUGUGUGCUAGCUGCUGAAAGACCAGUCCUGUAUUUUGCUACACAAGAGGUUUCUCAUUGAAAAUUAAGGUUCAUGAAAAGCCACGUCCAAUGGGGCAUUUUGUUUUCUAGAUGAAGUUUUCUAGAUUUGAGAAUAUGCACAAAGAUAAAAGGAAAAUAGAAGUGUGAACAGGAACUGUUAGGCUUACGAUAGAACUGUAGAAAUAGUUUGUAGUUUUUUCAGAAAAUGCCAUACCACUGUGUAUACUGUUGUUACAAGUGUUAGCUACCUUUUUGAUUGUGUUGUGUGGUAAGUCAUUUUUUUUGUUCAUAUUUGUCUAUACUUGUUGAAAGUUUGGCUUUCUCACAGUUUGGUUGAUGAUGCUCACACAGCAUCCAUGCCGUGAGUACCUGUUUAACACCUCUGAAAAAAAAAAAAAGUGAAUAAGGGAUCCAGUGUGCAUGUGCGCGUGUCGUGUCUGUGUAUAUAUGUGUACCAAAGAGUUUGCCUUGAUCUGUAUAUUACAGCCAUGUACAGUUUUUAAAGAAAUCCUACUAUUGUUAACUAAGAUUAUUUAGUUGGUUGGAAAUGUUUUAAUAAAAUAUCUGGAAGAUGGGUGCAA